UUAAAUGGCGAAAAAUGGCGUGGCAACCUCAACAAGCCGGACUGUCGCAAAUUUUACAACUCCUGAAAGAAUCUCAAAGCCCAGACACAGAAAUUCAACGAGCUGUUCAACAAAAACUUGAACAACUGAACCAGUUUCCUGACUUCAACAAUUAUCUGAUUUAUGUGCUGACAAAAUUAAAAACAGAAGAUGAGCCGACCCGGUCUCUCAGCGGUCUCAUCCUCAAGAACAACGUCAAGGCACACUUCCACAGCUUCCCGCCGGCCGUCACCGAGUUCAUCAAGUCGGAGUGCCUGGAGAACGUGGGCGACCCCUCCCCCUUGAUCCGGGCCACCAUUGGCAUCCUCAUCACCACCAUCGCCACCAAGGGCGAGCUAAAGAACUGGCCCCUGCUGCUGCCCACUCUCUGCAAUCUGCUGGAUUCGGGUGAUUAUAACACCUGUGAGGGAGCAUUUGGUGCUCUGCAGAAGAUCUGCGAGGAUUCCACGGAGAUACUGGACAGUGAUGCCCUGAACCGACCCCUCAAUACCCUUAUCCCAAAGUUCCUGCAAUUCUUCAAACAUGCAAAUGCCAAGAUCAGAUCCCAUGCCAUUGCCUGCGUAAAUCAGUUCAUCAUCAGCAAGACCCAGGCUCUCAUGUUACACAUAGACCCUUUUGUCGAGAAUCUGUUUGCUCUGUCACACGACGAGGAUCCUGAAGUGCGUAAGCAUGUCUGCCAAGCGCUGGUCAUGCUCCUAGAAGUCCGGAUAGACAAGCUGCUGCCGCACAUGAAUAACAUCAUCGAGUACAUCCUACUGCGGACUCAAGAUCAGGACGAGACGGUGGCCUUGGAGGCCUGCGAGUUCUGGCUGACGUUAGCCGAGCAGCCCAUCUGCAGGGAAGUCUUGGCUGGGCAUUUGAACAGGCUCGUUCCUGUUCUGGUGCGUGGCAUGAAGUACUCGGAGAUUGACAUCAUCCUCCUGAAGGGCGACGUGGAAGAAGACGAGAUGAUACCCGACAACGAGCAGGACAUCAAGCCAAGAUUCCACAAGUCCAAGACUCAUGCGCAGCAGCACUCGGUGGAGGAAGACGACGACAGGGCAGACGAUUCUGGCUCAGACUAUGGCAUGGAUGACGACGAUGCACUUUCGGAUUGGAACUUGAGGAAGUGUUCGGCGGCUGCUCUGGAUGUUUUGGCCAACGUGUUCCGAGACGACUUGAUGCCGGUCCUGCUGCCCAUCCUGAAGGAGACUCUCUUCCAUCCAGAGUGGGAGGUCAAGGAGUCGGGAAUUCUUGUCCUGGGCGCCAUCGCUGAAGGCGUAGGAUGUGCCAAUGCGAUGGUCCCCCACCUGCCGGAGCUGAUCCCCUACCUGAUCAACUGCCUGGCCGACAAGAAGGCCCUAGUCCGGUCCAUCACCUGCUGGACGCUCAGCCGCUACUCCCACUGGAUUGUCAAUCAGCCCCAUGAAUUGUACCUGCAACGUCUCAUGUCAGAGCUCCUGAAGAGAAUUCUGGACACCAACAAGCGAGUGCAGGAGGCGGCGUGCAGCGCCUUUGCCACGCUGGAGGAGGAGGCCUGCACGGAGCUGGUCCCUUACCUGGGCUUCAUCCUGCAGACGUUGGUCUUUGCCUUCAGCAAGUACCAGCACAAGAACCUGCUGAUACUGUAUGACGCCAUCGGCACGCUGGCCGAUUCCGUGGGGCAUCACCUGAAUAAACCGGAAUACAUCAACAUGCUGAUGCCGCCCCUGCUGGAGAAAUGGAACUCCCUCAAGGACGAGGACAAAGACCUCUUCCCCUUGCUGGAGUGCCUGUCCUCGGUGGCUACGGCGCUGCAGUCCGGGUUCUUGCCUUACAGUGAGCCCGUCUAUCAACGAUGUGUGUCCCUCACCGAAAAGACGCUGGCGCAAAUCGCUGCAUCUGAUGCUCGGCCUGAUCAAGUGGAGCCUCCCGACAAGGACUUCAUGAUUGUUGCCCUGGAUCUGCUGAGCGGGCUCGCCGAGGGACUGGAAGGCCACAUAGAGAAGCUGGUGGAGCGGAGUAACAUACUUAGCCUUCUCUUUCAGUGCAUGCAGGAUAAGAUGCCAGAGGUUCGCCAGAGUUCUUUCGCCCUCUUGGGGGAUCUGACCAAAGCCUGCUUCAAGCACGUCAAACCUUGCAUAGCUGACUUCCUCCCCGUCCUUGGGCAGAAUCUGAAUCCAGAAUUCAUCUCGGUUUGUAACAAUGCCACGUGGGCCAUCGGCGAAGUCUCCAUACAGAUGAGAGAGGAGAUGGAGCCGUACAUUAGUCUGGUCCUGACCCAACUGACCGAUAUAAUCAACCGGCCGAACACCCCAAAGACUCUGCUGGAAAACACAGCAAUCACAAUUGGUCGUCUUGGCCUGGUUUGCCCGCAGGCUGUGGCCCCUAUGCUUCCACAGUUUAUACGACAGUGGUGCACCUCGUUGAGGAAUAUCCGCGACAACGAGGAGAAAGACUCAGCAUUCCGAGGCAUCUGUUCCAUGAUCAAUGUCAACCCUGCGGGUGUGGUUCAGGAUUUUAUCUUCUUUUGUGAUGCCGUCGCCUCCUGGCAGAACCCCAACCAGGAACUGAAGCAGAUGUUUUACACGAUCCUUCACGGCUUCAAGAAUGAGGUUGGAGUUGAAAAUUGGAAGAGGUUCUCUGAUCAGUUUCCGGCACCCUUGAGAGAGAGACUAGCAGCUCAUUACAUGAUCUAGUAUCGGUAGAGAGGAGCUAGCCUUUGUUACCAGCAGCUGACAUGUGAAGGUAAUGAAGACUCCAGUGAGGGGACCGUCCAUCCGCAUGGUCAAGAACUUCUUAUAAUGGGGGAAUACUCUCAAAUACACCAACUUGGGGGAAACAUACCUGAAGCAACAUUGGCCGAGAGGUAACAGGUCAUACGGGGUCAAGGGUCAACUCAUGUGUGGAGCCAAGAUACUGCAUAAUAAUGAUGAUGGCGCGCCGACACCCAUUCUAUCUUUUUGGUAUACUUAAGGGAUGCAAUUGCAUCCACUGACAAGCCAGGAUAUUAGGAGAUACAUUUCAUCGCAACAGUGCUGCCUUCAAGUACUGUUAAAGAUUGCAGCCCUUACAACAGUUAUACAGACUCAAAAUUGGACGCCACAACUUAAAGUUUGUGGUCGAUGGUAUUUUCACUGAACACACGGCAAUAGAGUUUGCAUUUGCUGGGGUUGCUAGUAAAUUAGUGGGUAAAUUAUAUCAUUUCUAGCUUUCUCCCCCGUAGAAAAGAAGGGCUUCAUUAGGUUGACAUGGUCUGUUUUUGCCGUUUUAUUAGAAGUAAAAAUGGUAAAAAAUAAAAUGACCUCUGGUUUGUGGGAUUGUUUGGAAUACUUUCUUCAAGUCACAACUUCCACUGCUGUUGAAGGAUUAACAUCUUUCGGCACUGGAAGAGGAUGCUACCGUUUGAAAAAAAAAAAUCUCUUUGAUUGUAGGCUCUGAAAAUUGAAUUCCAGUAGGUCAAAGCUUAUUAUCUUCUGGGGCCAACCGAAAAAUGAGGUAACCAGCUUAACUGCUGUGCAAUGUAAAUAGCGCACGAGCGGUGCCCUGCCAGCGUCUUGUGUAAGCAUGCAAGUUGGCCAGGUGGUGUUCUCUUUCUCCAAGCUGCCGUGCAAAAUUGGGCCCGGGGCAUCGCAAAGAGAGAACUUUGGGUUAAGAAGGCAGGAAAUGGAUUCAUUGUACUCAUUCUGUAGAAAAACCAUCUCUAUUAAUAUCCGCUGCAUUUUGUCGAUGCUUUUCGAUUUUGGCGUGUUAAAAUCCUGUUCAAAUUAUUGAAAUUACACAACAGCAGUUUUUAAACUGGGGCAUGCAACACGCCGUCAUCAGAAAAUGGGGGGGGGGGACUUUUUUUCAGUUUUAAUUGCCGAAAGUAAAGACAGUUUAAAGAAUGCUGUCUGUUUAAAUGAUUCAUGUAUCUACCUCGGUGUGGUCUCAUUUGUUCCAAGUGUUAACCUAGCAAAAGUCAUUUGGGGAUUGUUUGUGACUGAAUCAGAAAAGAGGAUACCUGUCUCCAGGUUAAUUAAUUGUAACAGUAACGUUGGAGUGCAUUCCUACUGGAGGUUCAUGCAAAUUAAUCCCCAAAGGUCAUUGUGUAGGUCAACAGUUAGUCACUAUCCCCAGUGAAUGUUUCACGGCACUAUCAUGGAAGCAUUAUUUGGGGACUUUAUCAAGUUUCUAGUCUAAGUCGUGAUUUCCAAGUGGUCUCGUGUAUGUUCUUGUUACGGUGGUAAUGUCCAAUAUGGCUGACUCCAAUGGCAAUCCAUAUUUCAGGUUGCAUGUGAUUGCGCUCGGUAUAUAGUACUAUUAAUAGCAUGAGUGAAAUGGUGAGCAGUAAUGUGAUUACCGGUGAAUGUUUGUGCAUGUGUUUCCUAUCUUUUCCGCAUGAUUAAGUAUGCUAAUUAUAUUGAUAUACGCAUCUCUGUAAUAGUAAUUAUUGGACUUACAGCAUCGUGACCAGCCUGUCUUUUGGCCUAGAGUGCACUCAGAAGGCAAGCUCUUCCCGGUUACCGGUUAGAACUAGUGACUUGGCUCGGGUUCAGUGAGUAACCUGCAGGUAGAAAAGCUUGCAUGGGAUCAUUGGUGUCCAUUCUUGGUGAUGUCGUAAAGCACGGAAAAGAAUUAAAAUGUAAGACUAAGACACUAUUAGCGUAGGGCUCUGGUUGACGUGGACUCUGCCGGAAUGAAUGUUGGUUUAACCCGUUUAUCGGUGGUGAGAAAGGGAAUGUUGGUCAAGAGAUAAACUCUGAUGACAUUUUGACUCUUCUGAGGUGAUUUUUUCUCUCAUCAUUGGGCAACAUAUUUAAAUUUUACAUUGGUGUGAUCACUUCGGCACAUAAUGAGAACGAAACGCUGUUUCCCUCAUAAGUAGGAUCAAGGAUUGCUCAAGUACAUGUAAUUUUGAUUCUAAAUUUUUUUCUCCAGUUUUUUGGUCUCACAAAAACACAUCAGCCACCCCUGUCAACCACUGUUGUGGUGAAGUCCAUGACAAGUCCUUUCAAGCCCAUUAGGACUUAUCUAGUCGUAAGUUGAGUCGAAAGCCAUUUGAAAUGUGACAAAACUUACCUUUGUCACAGUGCAUCCUGUUUACUCGUGACUGGUCUUGGAGAGGGACUUGCGAUUGGACUUGUUAGGGGCUUGACUCUCACACUGCUGGUAUUAAACAGCAGGCAAUAAGUAUGUAGACUUAUGCGUAGGCAGUUUCAGGACUGAGUUUUUGUUUUUUUUUCAACAGUUGUAGAGAACUUAAGCAUUCACUGUAGCUCACAGAGACUAAACAUUAGUGUUCUGAUUGUGUGUCUCCUUGGUAAUUACCUUGGUGAUCGUACAUCAGACGAUGCUGCUGUUAUCCACAAGGCUGCAAUAUUGGUUUAGUAUGUCGUUACCCAGAGCACAGUCACUUGGUUUAUACGCACAACCCCACUCAAAUCAUGGUGGACACGUCUGAAUUUUUCUGGAGUAAACACAGAUCCAGGAUGUUGGGCUUUUAUCCCCAAUCGACCCUGGCCUCUGACUUUUGUUUGUCUUUCUCAGGCGGAAGUUUGUCCCGCGUCAGUACAGCCGAGAGCGGUCCCAAAUCGCUUCUGUAAAUAUUCUUCUUUUCCCCCCACCCUAAUCCCCUGGGAAGGUAGUUGCACUGAUUUGGGAUAUGUUCGUCAGUAAUCAUUGAAAAUAGACUACCUCGGAGGCAAUUGAUUGAGCUGCAGCGGGUUUGGAGUUUGAGCCCAUUGGAGAGGGAUUUGCCUUGACGACCGGCCAGCUUCGAUAAGACAGAUUUGCCUGUCUUUCAACCUUUUGCAAAGUGGCACGUGAGGUGUCACUUACAACAAAACAAACUACAGAUCACGCUCAAAGACAAAAAGGAGGAUGUGAAUUUGAUAUGCCCCCAAUUUAAAAAUUCCUUUCAAGCCCACAGAAAUAAGCUUACCCCCCAGAGGUCAUCUAAUCUCAUUCGGUUCUCUUCCAAUCAAAAAGCAAUUAUUUUGGGUUGUUUUUUUUUCUCCUGUCCAUUUCCACAGUUUUUGAGGGGAUUGGGAGGGGGGGAGCGUAUUACUUACUCUGCCGGUGUGAGUCAUUCCCCAAGGGGGGAUUAAGGCGGGCACCAGGGAAUUUUGGCCAGGGAUCCUGCAAGGAUUAACCUUUUGAUGGAAUGACUGGCUUUGCAGGAAGCCGUUGAGCACAGUGUCCCAGUCGAUGGGACAUUUGGAGUGCCUUGCGGGGGAGCGAAGAUUCAUUGUUGGGCCUUAGGGGUAGCAACGGUCUGUCCUUGGUGUUGCAUGGCUCUGCAGUGAGGGUGAGGUAUCCACGCACAUUAUUAAAUGAGGAUUUUGCCUAACUGUACCUGAUUUGUAGUUAUAUGGCAGAGGCAAAUUGCCAUGAAAUGUUUUGCUCCCUCCCAGAAAGACAAAAUUUUCUUUUACGUGGGUGAAUGGAACUGUUCGGUAAAUGCUUCAGUGGCAUGUCAGUGCUGAAAAGGCCAGUUGAUACUCCAGGCACAGACGAACAAGAAGCGAAUUCGAUGUCACAAUAUGCUUGCCGUGAAAUUCGCUGGAGUUUGAUAUGAAAUUGAUGCAGACGUUCAAUCCGACGUUACAGUUUUGUGGCUGUGUUCACUUUGGCCCCAAGUGUGAACCAGUUCAGAGAAGGCUCCCUUUGUUGUUAUCAAUUUCUCCUAAUUAGGUUUAGAUAUUGAUACCAUAAGCAUCUAUGGUAAAAUGACCAUUUAGGUUAGUAACUCCCACGUGUAGGUGGGCUUACAUUCAGAAUUUUAAUGGAUUGGCAUUAAGUAGUGCAGGUGUAGUCUUGCAGUAUUGCAAAUGUAGUUGUAAUCAAGAACAUCAUAUAGUGUAAGUUGUCAUCCAUCCUUAGUCAGUUCUACCGAAGGGGAAUGGAAUGGAUGCAAGGCUGUUGAAAGAAUUGUUUCCACUGAGAUAAAUCUUAAGAUCAGUUUCUAAGAGAAAUAUUGUAAUAUCUUUGUGGAAGGUUUACAUUUGGAAUAAUUAAUGCGGUAUUAAAAAGAAACGAAGCAAUCUCAUGAAAGUGACGAUUUGCCAGCUUAAAGUGACACUUGUGGUUUGGCUUUAGUCUUCAUACUUUGCUCCAUCUUUGAUAUACCUCCUCUCUGAUGAUUAAUUUCCUUAGUUCUCAAUUUCCUAAACAAGCAGAACCCUUUCAUGGCAAUAUACAAGCAAUACAAGUGUGAUCCAAAGAUAAAGACUCCAAAAUCUAAAAAAAAAGAAAUAUCAUUUGCUCAAGGUAUGUCUUUAUGAAAAAGCUAAAUAUACAAGUGAGGAAUGGAGUCUGGGGUUUGUGACUGCAGUGAUUCUGCGUCUCCUAACAUGUAGAAAGUGAUCCAUUUUAUUUUGACAUUCCGGGUCAUUCAUAGUGAAGACAAAAACCUCACGAAAUCCUGAACAAUGACCUGUAUAAUAGAUAUCAGUAAUGUGUACUACAGUAAGAAGAUGUUAAGGAUUUUUCUAUAUGCAUACAAAAGCUGCCAUGUACUUCUCGAGUGUAUUGUACUGUUAAGUGAUAAUUUGGUUGUUAAGUGCAAAUUUGAGAUAUUCAUGAAUAUUCAUUUUGAUGGAUUUUAAAUUUAAAGGA